UGUUGAUGUUCACUUCCUGAACGUUUUGGUUUCCUCCUCUGCUGCUGCAGCUGCUCUGCUGAUCAGAUCCCACCAGCAGGAGGAAUAAAUCCAUCAGAUCGACCUGCUGGUUGCAACGUGGGGGCUUUUCUGAUGACCACAGAGGGAUUUCACUCACGGGACUUAUGGCAGCAGCAGCAGAAACUAAAUCCCAGGAGUCCAGUCUGCAGUCUGAGGAGUCCCGGCAGGAGUCUGGGGAGUCCAGGAUGAGAUCACCUGGUCCCAUGGCCUCCUGGGAAUCUGAUCUAGCUUCCAUCCAGCACUCCUUAAAGUUUGUGAUGAAGCUGAGGGAGGAGUUUAUUUGUCCCAUCUGCAAAGGAGUCGUCCUCAAUCCCCAGCAGAACUCCUGUGGACACAUCUACUGUUUCCACUGCCUCCAAAGACUGCUGGAGAUUUCGUCACCAUCCAGCCCAGUUUGCCCAGUGGACAGAGCUGUAAUCACACCAGCAGAGGUUUUCCAGGACAAUUGCUGUAAACGGGAAAUCUCCACCUUAGAAGUGUACUGCACCAACUCUCCGGCGUGCACAUCUGUCGUCACUCUAAACCAGCUGCAGGAGCAUCUGGGGUUGUGUCAGUAUGAGCAGCUGCAGUGCACCAACACCGGCUGUAAGGAGGUGCUACAGAGGAGGCACCUGGAGAAACACCUGACCAGCAGCUGUCCUCGUCGCAGAGAGCUCUGCCCCCACUGCAGACAAUCGCUCCACCUCCACCUCCUCCAGGAUCACCUCCAGAGCUCGUGUCCGGAGGUAGAGGAGGAAUGCCCUGAUGGCUGCUUCCACAAGGUCCUCAGACACCAGCUGAUGGAGCACAGAGAGUCCUGCCCUAAAGUUCACACCGACUGUUCCUAUAAGAAGUUUGGCUGCUCUGUCCAGGGUGAAAGAGAAAAAGUGAAGCUGCAUGAAGAGUCUGCUGUCAGUCGUCACAUGCUGUUGGUCCUGAGUAGCAACAUCCAUCUGGAAAAACAGGUGGAGGUUCUCCAGGAGGAGGCGCUGAUGAGACAGGAGGAGGCUCAGACAGAUUGUUUAACACUUACUGGUCUGCAGAAGGAAAUCCAAUCUCUGCUGCAGGAGAGCAGCAACUACAAACACACCAUCUCCACAGCUCAGAGGACUCUGAGCAGGCAGGAGGACGUCCUGUCCUCAGUGAAAUUGGGAGUCCAGCAGGUGUCUCGAGGACUGGGUUCUGGUCGGGAUGAGCUGGAGCAGCUAAAAAAGUCUCUGGAUGCCGUGAUGCAGGAUGUGUUGGCGGCCGAGGCUCUCAGAGAGCACAUCGUUUCUUUAGAGGAGAACCUGAAGCAUCACUCGGGGCUCUUGGAUCUCCACGCCGCUCAGCUCAGUCUCAAUAAGCAGCACCUGCAGGAGCUAGAGGUGACGUCCUUCGACGGCAGACUCAUCUGGAAGAUCCAGGACUUCAGGAAGAAGAGGGAGACUGAGGCCAAAGGCCAGCCGCCGUGUCUGAGCAGCGUGCCCUUCCACACCGGACGCUGCGGCUACAAAAUGGCCAUCAAAGCCUACCUGAACGGAGACGGGGAGGGGAGGGGGACUCACCUGUCCCUUUAUGUGGUCCUCAUGCCCGGAGACUUCGAUGCUCUGUUGCCAUGGCCGUUCAGGCAGACCGUGUCGCUGUCUGUUCUGGAUCAAAGUGGUGCCAGGAACCACCAGAGUCUCAGCUUCAGACCCGAACCCACAAACAAAUGCUUCCAGCAACCCGUUGCUGAGGCUGUGAGCAACGUUGCUGUUGGAUUUCCGUGUUUCAUCCCCCUCAACACCCUGGAGACGCCUAGAAAUGCUGUGUUUGUUAAAGACGACACUCUCUUUGUCAAAGCUAAGGUGGAGACGGCAGGUUUAGAUCAGCUGUAGGAUUCUCAUGUGGUUGGUUGCUUUCAGGUACGGCCCUGUGCUCUGCUGCACUUGUCUUAACUUUAAUGUUUAACAUGUGAGAAGGCUGAUGCCUCAUAGACUUGUGAGUGAGCUGCCGGACUGCUGGUUGAUGGAUUUAGUUUCUCUUCCAGGUAGUUCACUGGAAGACGUUCAUAUUGAACGAUAUUAUGUUUCAGAAUUAUCUCAGGGAUUAUUUGAUGAAAGUCUGACUCAAGAAAAUCUAAGUGCUAAUGUACACAGCCUGUCCAAUAAAACAAAGUUACCACCUGGAUUUAUUUAACAUGUAAGAGCUUCCAGUUGCAUGAUCCUGCGUGAAUGAUGAUGGUUCAGCUGCAGCGAGUUAUUUAACCCCAACUGAUGCAAUAAGCUGUUUUUCAUGUUUUGUUUCAUUAAACAAUCAUGUGGGAAGAUGCAUCCUGUGGUCGAGGAAAAGAUGCUCAUCAAGGGUCAGAACAAUGGCACCAAGCAGAGAAAACAUCUAAGGAGAUGCAGAAACUACUAAAACUGCUUUGUUGUAGAGGUACAUUCUUGAAAAAAAAAACACAACAAAGAGCCUUCAAGGAUUAUGUUGGUGAGGAUAUAAAACAAAAUUAGUCUCAGCAUCACAUCUCAACUACAAACAAGUCAACUAUUCCCUCCAACAACAACUCUUCCCAGGACCUUGCCUGUCAGAAAAACAUCUUGUACGAUGGUGAUUGGUAAUAACUUAAAUGUUUGAAGAUAUUAGAUGUAGAACCCAGGGUCAUGUUAACAGUGAAAUUAAGAACAUUUCCACAUGACGUGACGGAAAAUUAGAAAUAAAAAGGCUUGACUUUGCUAAGCAGCAUAAAGACUGGACUUUGGAGCAAUGCAAGAAGGUCAUGUGGACUGAUGCGUCCGGAUUUACCCUGUCCCAGAGUGAUGGAGCAUCAGGGUAAGAAGAGAGGAAGAUGAAGUGAUGCAGCCAUCAUGCCUAGUGCCUACCAUGGACAUUUAAAGAGUAGACGCUACAUUGACUGCAGCCUCCUGUAGGAGCUGACGAGCCGCGUGGCCGCCAUCUUGGAUCGGUCAUUCACUUUGUUCAGUCACCUGUUAAAAAGGAAUAAAAAUUACCAGAACUCUUCAGGUUCUCAGUCAAUUUUCCAGCCGUUUUUCUUUGUUGCAAAAGUCAGACAUGUUGUUCUGAUACAGGAUGCUUAGAAACAGUGAAAACGCUUAUUACCAUAGUUUGCCGGCA